GCUUCCUUUGACCGGGACGUCAGAAUCUCCCGUGGAAUUCUCAAGCUUUGCGUUGAUUGGUGUAGCGGUAGUGUUGUGCAGCCGAGAGGCGGGAUGAAGUGACGGUUGAGUUGACAGUGUGUUUCCACAACCUGCAAGUAUGGCCCACUGGACCCGCUUCGAGAGGGAUCAAGAGGGCGAUAUAAAAAAGCUGGUGUCCCUAAUGAGCGGUAUACAGGAUGAUCAGGACGGCAAUUUCCAGCAGGCUCUGCAGUUUGCCUGGUCCAACUUCAGAUUUCACCGGUACCUCGAUGUUAGCAGUCACACAGUCCUCAGAACAUUGGAAGGAAUAUUUGAAAAGCUGGUAGUUCAUUCAGACCUAGAGAAAGCUGAAAGCUGGAAAAGACUGACAGAAGAGUUUCUAUUGUUGCCUCUUCCAAACACAGAAGGAACUAAGACAGAUUCACAUUUUGCUGUACUGUCUCUUUUGCUUUGUCUGUCGGACUCUCCCUCUAAUCAUGAUUACACUGAAAAACCAAGAAAGAAGGAAAAUGAUGAACAGGAACCAUUUGAUUGGGGUAAAUACCUAAGGGAAGGUGAAGAUAUAGAAUUCAGCCCUGAUGCAGAUACACCUGAAUGGUCUGAAGCUAGCGAAGAAGAGGAUGCUCAAGAGCCUCCUAGCAGGGAAGACUCUGGAAUCCAGGUUGAUAGAACCCCACUGGAGGAUCCUGAAAAGAAAGGUGCUCCCCCUUUGGUAUCAUGGAAAGUUGGUGAGCCAGAUGCGCGAAGUUGGCUAGAGCAGCAUAUUGUGCAUCAGUACUGGACAUCCAGAGCUCCCCGAUUUUCACAUAGCUCCCAUCUUCAUUCUAAUCUGUCAGCCAUCUGGGAUCAGCAUUUAUAUACUACAGACCCACUGUAUACACCUGAUGAUAAAACCAUUGUCACUGAAACCCAAGUUAUUCGUGAGACUCUCUGGUUACUUUCUGGUGUAAAAAAAUUGCUUAUUUUUCAACUGAAUGAUGGGAAAGUGAAUGUGAGGAAUGACAUCAUAGUCACACACAUGACUCAGAACUGCCUGAGGUCAGUACUGGAGCAAAUUGCAGCAUAUGGACAAGUUGUCUUCAGGCUGCAGAAAUUCAUUGAUGAGAUAACAGGACAUGGUUCUGAGGUCCCUUUGCCUGGAACCCUACCUACAGCCAAAAAAACUACAGAAGCUCCAUUUCGGACAUACCAGGCUUUUAUGUGGGCAUUGUACAAAUACUUUAUUAGCUUUAAAGAAGAACUAACAGAGAUUGAAAAGUGUAUUAUAAACAAAGAUGAAACCGUGACUUUGGCAAUUGUUUUGGAUAAGUUAGCACCUCGACUUGCACAGCUGAAAGUGCUUCACAGAGUAUUUAGCACUGGGAUAGCAGAAGUACCACCAGACACAAGAAAUGUUGUAAGAGCUUCUCAUCUCCUGAAUACUCUGUACAAGGCGAUUCUGGAUUAUGACAAUGUAGGAGAGGCCUCAGAGCAAACGGUUUCUCUCCUUUUUUGUCUUUGGGUUGAAACAGUGAGACCAUAUUUAGAAAUUGUGGAUGAAUGGAUUGUUCAUGGAAACCUAUUUGACCCUGCAAAAGAAUUCAUUAUACAGAGAAAUAAAGAUGUUCCUUUCAACCAUCGAGACUUUUGGUAUGCAACCUACACCCUAUACAGUGUAUCAGAAAAAACCGAGAACGAGGAUAAAAUGAGUGACAAUGCAAGUGCCAGCUCUGGGAGUGACCAGGCUCCAGCAGGCAGGCAGCACACUAUGGUCUCCUUUUUGAAGCCUGUUUUGAAACAGAUUAUCAUGGCUGGUAAAUCCAUGCAGCUGCUAAAGAACCUGAAGUGCAGAACUGCUCUACAGCAAGAUUCUUCUAGAGAUUCAGAUAGGAAAAGCUUGUACACCUUAUUCCUGGAGUCUGUGCAAUCUCGUCUGCAACAUGGUAAUGAUUCAGUUCCGGACAUCAUUACAGAACAGCAAGUUAACAAGCUUAGUCUUAUAAAGAUGCAGUCUAUAGUAGCAAAACACUUGGAACUAGAUGAAGUUCAUGAUCCUCUACUGGCUAUCAACUUUGUACGGUUAUAUCUGGAGCAGAGUGAUUUUCUGGAGACUUUUACCUGUAAUGAGGUCUGUGUAGAUCGGUCGUCCGAGUCUGUUACUUGUCAGUCUUUUGAACUGACCCUACGCUCUUGUCUCUACCCUCAUAUUGGCAAGCAGUACCUGGAGUGCUGUGGUAACCUCAUGUAUACACUAAAGAAAGAUUAUAGACUAGUAGAAUAUCUGCAAGCCAUGAGAAAUUUCUUCCUCCUUGAGGCUGGAGACACUAUGUAUGAUUUCUACACACCGAUUUUUGACAAAAUCCGAGAAAAAGAACCAUGGCUGAAUUUAUCUUAUCUUAAUGUGCAGAUCCAGGAAGCCGUUGGGCAGAGGUAUCCUGAUGACAGCACUCGAUUAUCAGUAUCAUUCGAAAGUGUUGACUUGGCUAAGAAGAAACUUCCUGUGCAUACAUUAGAUGGCCUUAUACUAAGCUACAAGGUUCCUUGGCCUGUUGAUAUUGUUAUCAGCUCAGAAUGCCAGAAGAUAUACAAUCAAGUCUUUCUCCUUCUGUUACUGAUAAAGUGGGCCAAAUAUAGCUUGGAUGUCUUACAGUUCAAUGAGCUAGGUAACGCUUCAGAAAAUGAAUCUACAAAGGAAGGAGCCACUGUUGAACCUUUUCCACUGCCUCCCUUAACUUCACCAUCUGAGCCAAAGGGACAACAAAUUCAUCGCAUGUUCCUCCUUCGAGUCAAGUUGAUGCAUUUUGUUAACAGUUUGCACAAUUACUUGAUGACUAGGAUUCUGCAUAGUACAGGUCUGGAAUUUCAGCAUCAAGUGGAAGAAGCAAAGGAUUUGGAUCAGCUAAUUAAAAUUCAUUAUAGAUACCUUUCUACUAUUCAUGAUCGCUGUCUUUUGAGGGAAAAGGUGAGCUCGGUUAAAGAGGCAAUCAUGAAAGUCCUAAAUGUUGUAUUGAUGUUUGCUGAUCGCUGGCAUGCCGGUUUAGGAGCAUGGAAGAAGGAAUCUAUUGUAAAAAUGGAAUCCGAUUUUACAAAUUGCCACAAGUUUCUUGUAAAAGUGCUCAACAAAGCUGUAUGUAGAGGAUCCUUUCCCCACUUGGAGUCUCUUGCGUUGUCUCUGAUGGCUGGAAUGGAGCAAAGUUAGCAAGAACCAGGAUAUAAUCUAUUAUCAGCUUGUCUCGGAGCAAACAAAUGUAUAUAUGUGUAUAAAACACAAAUUAAAGUAGAACUGUCAGUGCUACAGCGAUGCUUCCAGAUUGGGAUGGAUUUUUAAUAAUUCAUUUUUUUCACAAACCUAUAAAUGAAUUAUUAGUCUUUGACUUUUUCUUUUUGCAGGUGGCAUUUUCUCUGCUGACUUAUUUCAUGGGAUGGAAAAGGGCCUCUGCCUCCUCCCAUUCUCUUAAGUAGGGAAUAUCUGACAGUUUCAGACAUUCACAAGUGUAUCUUCAGACUGAAAAAUGCCAGUUCUAGUGCUGUCAGGUGUUUCCCAUUCACACAAAGGAGAAGAGGCAGGGCAGUAUGCCUUUUGGCUGAAAUAUAGCAGUGGAUAAUACACACCCCAUGUAUCAUCAGCUUUAGGGACUGCAAGUCACUGGCUCAUGCUGGACUUUCCCUCUAAAGCCACAUGAAAUCUGUAGGUGACAACCACCUAGGAAACAGUUAGCAACACUGGAGACAAACAUCAUGGGUAAUGUUGCCCAUAGCAACCAAUCAAAACUUUCCCUUUGUUUUCUAACUUGUAGGUGACUGUUCAAAUUUAAUUGCUGAUAAGUUGCUAUGGGAACAUCACCAGUGAUGUUUGUAAAUACGCCCCUUAAGUGUGUUGUUUACAGCUAAUAAAAAAGUAGGUCACAAAUAUAAAUAAUAAAUAUUUAUUACAUUUUUCAUUUCCUUCAGUUUUAUGAAUUUUUCACAUUUCACAUUAAAUGACACAUUCUUUAAGCAAAAGUAUAAUUGUAUAUUGUCUACAUCCUGUAUCACUUUGACCUGUCAUCUAUACAUAUGUAAAUACUCAUGUAAAUGUAAAUCGUUUAAAGUGCUUGUACUGCAAUAAAUGUAUACUGAUUUGCAUUUUUUAA